UAUAUUAUAGAUUUGAAAAAAUCAACCACUCGCCGCUUGGUAUUUAGUAAUACCAAAUAAAAAAUUUCCCUAGAAGCAGUUUAUUUAAAUAAUAAGAAACGAUGUUUUCAUCAUCAAACAAAUUGGUGAAAAACGUAUCGUUCAGUACUGAAAUGAAGGUUGAAGAUCCCGAAGAAAAAGCUCUAAGCGAAAUUCAGAAACAUUUAAAAGUUGCUGAAAAAGAUACUCAAGAUAUAGCAGCUGCUGUGGCUUCAAUGACAGUGAAUUCUGAGCAAACAGAUCCUUCGAUUGUUGAGAGAGUUUGUAAAAGCGAAAGUGCAAUCAGAACGCUAAGAUCCUCUUUAGAUCAAUUAAGAUCAGAAAAAAGUGCCUUUAAGAAGAGAAAAGUGGAAAAAUUCUCACAAGCGGCUGAUGCUUAUGAAAAAGAGGUUGCCAAUUUACAAAGAGAUAUUGUUGUUCUUAAAAGGAAGUUGAACAAAGCAGAAAAUGAAGUUGAGAGUGCCAAGUUAUUGAUUUCAAACAAUGAUGCCAUAAAAAUAAAAUUACAAAGGAGAAUUGAUGAGCUUAGAGCUGAGUUGAGUAGAGAAAUAAGCGUUAGAAAAAGUUUAGAGGAGGCUCACAGAAGUUCACAGAAGAGGUUACAAGAAAUGGAAUGCUUUUCCUCUUCAGAAAGAGACAAUCUGUCCAGUUUAACAGCUAGUUGCUCUAGUCUAAAAAAGGAAAUGAUUCAAAUACAACAUGAAGCAUCGACCGAGAGACAAAGGAGAACUGUCACGGAAAACACACUAAAGGCCAUCAAAGCUGAAAGAGAUGAAUUUCAAAGGAAAUUCGAGAUUACCGACGGACAGCGCGACAAGACUAUUAAAGAGUUGGAAAAAAUGAGAAUAGACUAUUCUAGUUUAAUGGAAAAGUUAGAAAAAGCUCAAAAAGCCGGUGCUGUAUCUAUGGUUAGAGAUGAACAACUUCGAGAAGCUUUGAAAGAAGCGGCUGCCCAUAAUGCUAAAUUACUUGCAGAGUGUGAGGAAAGCGCUGACAAAGCAAGAGCCCUCAGCCAAGUUUCAAAUAAUGAAGAGGCCUUAAAAAAACAACUAACUUUAGAAGCAAGAUCUAAAUGUGAACUCAGGAGAAAACUUGAAGAGUGCCAAGCUGUUUUAAACGAGAGGAAUCAAGAAAUUGAAUUACUAAGGGCUGAACAGGCAGCUGCUUUAAAGGAAAAAGAUAAUCUACUGGAUGAAGUUAAUGAUGCUUUAGACAAUGUAGUGGAAGAGCGGAAAAAUGUUGAAAGUCAAUUGGAUGAACUUGUUGAAGAAUUGAAGAAAGUUGAAAAGGAAAGAGACGAAUACAGAAUAGAAAUAGGACAAUUAAGAGAAAGAAUAGCUAGUUCUAUGCAACAUGGAAGGGCUCAGCAGCAAUUGGAACGAACUUUAGCUAAUUUAACGGAACAAAAACAACGGCUCUCUUAUGAUAAAGGUCGCCUCGAGUCUAGAGUAGAUGAUUUACAGAGAGAACUUGAAGAUAGUGGAUCUGCAAAGGCUGAAGCUGUUAAAUUAAGGGAAUUAGUAGACGAUUUGAAAGACUCGUUGACAAAAACUGAAAGAGAUUACGAUCUGGUUAAAGCCGACGAAAAUCGCUUACGUAACGAGCUGGAACUUGUUAGAGAGUCAUGUAAUAGAAAGGAAAGAGAUUUUCAAGAAGCUGUUAAAUCUCGAGACGAAUCUCUGUACGAGUUGAAAAAAAUGAAAGAAAAAGCAAAUAGCUUAAAUGAAAAAAGUCGGGUUGCCGAAUUAGGCUGGAAAGAAGCUUUAGACGUCUCUCACAGAGAGAGAAAACAACUAGCUACUCAAUUAAAUCAGGUGGUGUCAGCUCACUCUCAACUCCAGAGUUCGGUUGAUAAAUUACAAAUUGAAAUGGGGAAGAGGGAUGACAAGUGUUGCAAAUUAGCUGAUGAGAAUGAGGAAUUCAGGAAAAAAAUUGAAGAAUUAGAAAAAGAAAGGUUGGAAUGGGCUCUAAGGAGUGAGGAACAGGCAAGAGCUUUAAAUAGUUUCACUAAACAAGUCAGUUCUGUUAGGGAAGAUGUACAGUUAUUACGAAAUCAGCACUAUCCUUACUCCUCGUCUAGAUUUUAUAUUGAACAAACUGAUUAA